AUGGGCCUGGCCAGGAUCAGCGUAGAUGUUAUCAUGGCUGGACCGAGGCGGGCGAGCGUCCAGUCCGCCGCGGACGUGGUGGCCAUCGAGGGGGCGGAGCACCUCAAGGCCAAGGAGGGCAAGAUUGUGGACUUCUUCGUCUACGUGGACAGCGACGGCCUCGGCGCGGAGGAGUGCCGCCCGCGGCAGGCGCUGAGGAUGUCGUUGACCCACUCGCAGGCCAACAACACCUUCAAGAGCAGCCCGCAGUGGUCCGAGUUCCUGGCGGAUUCGGAAUACUACCCCGCCCUCGAGAGCGAGCUCGGCGUGCUCGUCCGGAAGUACGCCUGGCCGCUGCCCUUCGCCUUGGUGGAGCUGUGGGGCCACCCCGACGACCUUGCGGCCGCGGCGGUGAAGCUGGUCUCCAAGGACCGCCAGCACGCCGAAGGACGGCGACGAACAGAAGGACGGCUCCGAGGCCUUCGAGCUGCGCUUGCUCAUGCCGGAGGCCGACCUGGCCAAGGCGGAGCACCUGCCGGCGAACCCCAAGGUGUCAGGCGCUCCCGUCAUGUCGCGGCCGCUGCCGUGCCGCAGCCUGACGCUCACGGCGGCCCCGCGGGGACGUGCGAGGAGGGCGUGAAGGAGUUCCUCAAGGGCCCGAGACGACCGUCCGCCGCAGAGGUUCUGAGCGCCCCGCCAGCAGGCGACGGCGCGGCCUGA